AUGACUGAAUGGCUUAAUUUUGCUGUAAACAACAGAUAUAUGUCAAUAUAUCCAUAUAAUGAAUUUCAUAACGUAAAAUAUAAUGGAAAUAGUGGUGGAGAAGGUAGAUUUAGUCGUGUCGCAAGCGCAGAAUGGCCUUGUACAAAUAGAAAGGUUGCGUUAAAGAAUUUAAAGAAUUUUAAUGUAGACAAAUUUGUAUCAGAAGUGCAAAUGCACACUCAAAGUCACUCAAGUAAAAACAUUGUGAGAUUUUUAGGCUUAACAAAAGAAAAUGAAACAGGAGUAUCAUAUCUAAUGGUGUUUGAAUAUGCCGAUAGGAACAACCUAAGAAUUUUUCUGAAAAGUUUAAAACUCGACUUGAUGAUUAGAGUAAAACUUUCUCUGGAUAUAGCUAAAGGACUCAGUUAUUUACAUCAACUUAAAAUCAUUCAUCGUGACUUGCAUAGUAAUAAUAUAGUAAUAAAUCAAGUACAUUCCUGUGAUCAACUUGAAUUCAUAGCAAAAAUUACUGAUUUUGGUAGUGCAAUAAAUGAAGAAGACGACGAUAUUAACGACAAAACUGGAGUUAUUGGUCAAAUUCCGUUUACAGAUCCACAAUAUUUGAACAACCCUAAACAUUAUAGAAAAAAUAUGAAAUCAGAUAUUUAUAGUUUAGGUGUCAUAUUAUGGGAAAUUUCAUCCUCUAAAGCUCCUUUUGAAAAUUUCAUGGCAGAUUCACGUGGCGAAUUUAGAGAUUUGUGUUUGACGUUCGAAAUAAUAAACGAUUAUCGUGAACGUCAUACGCUUUUUACUCCAGAAAAUUUUGUUAAACUUUCCAGACAAUGUUGGGAUAAUGAUCCAAAUAAACGACCUGACAUUAAAACAGUUAUUGAUGAUUUAAAUUCAAUAUUUGCUGGACUACCACAAGUUUUAGAAAGAAAUGCGACUAUAGGUAAGUCACAUUGA